AACAGUCUCAGAGCUCACUCCCUCGCUCGUUCCUCUUCCUCCCUACAAUUCCUCCUUCACUGACCCUUUCCAUUCUUAUCCAGGGCCAAUACCAAAAAGCAAGCAAGCAAUGUCUUACGUACCUCCCCACCUGAGGAAGUCCUCCGCCGCCACUACGGUGGUUAGCAACGGCGGCGAUCACUUGCACUCGAACCACGACGCUUACAAAAUGCCGCCGUCAUUUGCUCAAUCGAAGAACGGUGCCGUCAGUAAUGGUAAAUACUCAUACAAGGCGUCUGGCGGCGGGAGCACGUGCGCUGCGGUUAAUUACUCGUCGCCGAGAGCUAUUGACGUGCCCGACCCAGUCCUCACUCAGUGGAAGCCGUCUGAACGUGUUGCCCGGCUGAAACCGGAACAGAUAGAAGAAAUUCGUUUGAGACUUAAUGUUGAUGUUGAUGUUGCUCCGGAUUCACAUCCUGCACCUCCACCUAUAGAAUCAUUCACUGACAUGUGCUUGCAUCCUAGCAUCAUGAAGGAUAUUGCACUCCAUGGUUAUACUAUUCCCACAUCUGUUCAAGCUCAAACCAUGCCAGUUGCUCUAAGUGGGAGGGAUCUUUUGGGUUGUGCAGAAACUGGGAGUGGAAAAACCGCAGCAUUUGCUAUACCAAUGAUUCAGCACUGCCUAGCUCAGAGUCCUCUUCAGCGUGGUGAUGGACCAUUGGCAUUGGUAUUAGCACCUACAAGAGAACUUGCACAACAAAUAGAAAAAGAGGUUAAAGCUUUCAGUAGAUCUCUUGAUUCAUUUAGGACAGCAAUUGUAGUGGGUGGGACAAACAUUAGUGACCAGAGGUCCGAGCUUCGAGCUGGGGUAAACAUAAUCGUUGCUACUCCUGGAAGACUUAUUGACCACUUACAGCAAGGAAAUACUUCCCUCUCCAGAAUAUCAUUUGUUGUAUUGGAUGAGGCUGAUAGAAUGCUUGAUAUGGGGUUUGAGCCUCAGAUAAGAGAGGUGAUGCACAACCUUCCGAAAAAGCAUCAAACUUUGUUGUUUAGUGCUACUAUGCCAGCAGAAAUUGAAGCACUUACACAAGAAUACUUGACUGACCCAGUCCGGGUGAAGGUUGGAAAUGUAAGCAGCCCAGCAACAAAUGUAUCCCAGAUUUUGGAGAAAGUUCCUGAAAAUGAGAAGAUUGACCGGCUCCUAGAUCUUCUUGUUGAGGAGUCUGCUCAAUCUGAAAAAUUUGGCCACCCCUUUCCACUGACCAUUGUUUUUGUGGAACGGAAGACAAAAUGUGAAGAAGUUGCCGAGGCUCUGAUGAAGCAGGGGUUGUUUGCAACUGCGCUUCAUGGUGGUCGUAGUCAAAGCGAAAGAGAGGCUGCCCUUCGUGAUUUUAGACAUGGUCCUAGCAGUAUAUUGGUUGCCACUGAUGUUGCAUCUCGUGGAUUGGAUGUUGCUGGGGUUGCUCAUGUAGUUAAUCUCGAUCUUCCAAAGGCAAUGGAAGAUUAUGUACACCGGAUUGGUAGGACCGGUCGUGCAGGAUCAACAGGGCGAGCCACAUCAUUUUAUACUGAUCGAGAUAUGUUUCUUGUGACACAAAUAAGGAAAGCAAUUGCAGAUGUUGGGUCCGGCAAUCCUGUUACGUUUGCAACCGGGAAGGCGGCAAGAAGGAAGGAGAGAGAAGCGGCAGCUGCACAUAAGGAAGCAAGCAAUGGACUCUCUAAGCUAUCAUUGAUGCAAUCUGCCACAAUAAACGUUGAUGACAGCUACAGGCACAUGAUUUCCCCAGCCAUGGCCCGCAAAGAGGGAGCUGCAGACGGUGCUUGGGACGAUUGAUUUUUUUUCCUCCCCACAUUUCUUCGUUUCUUGAGAGAACAGUCACGAAUGUGCACAUUCCCCUCCAAAGGUACUUCCCUCUUUUUGAUUUCUUCACUCAGUCAGUCGGCCAUGCUCCCCCUAUCACUUUUUCUAGCAUUAUUAUUAGAUGAGGGCCUUGCCACUUUUCCUUCUUUUUUUUGUUUUGUUUAUUCAUGGGUUCGAUGACAGGAAUGCGAUUCGCGCAAAUGAACUAUUGUGUAGCAA